AUGGCAACACCCGCCCUGGACAGCUCGCCCCAGCGAGGGAUCUCUGAGGCCUCCGGGAACUGGAGCACGGACCAAAACCCCCACCCCGCUGACGCGCAGUGUACCACUCACGAAGCUGCUGAGGGGACAGGGUGUCACGACCACGCUGCAGCUGCUGGCGCGAGCCACCACCGGAGCCACUCCUCUGCGAAGACCCGCGACCAGCACCACCCGCCACCCCCGCUGCCUCCCGCCGCCUCCGCCGCCUCCGCUACUGCCGCCGCCUCCGCCUCCGCCUCCACCGCCGCCUCCUCCGCCACCUCCGCUCCCACCGCCACCGCCGCCGCCACCUCCGCCUCCACUGCCGCCACCGACCCCUCCACCCCCACCACCACCCCCACUCCCCCCACUGCCGCCACCUCCACCUCCACCGCCCCCGCUCGCUCCUCCAGCGCCCUUGCCCCCCUUGCCUUUGCCAGAGCGGCGUCUCCCGCUAGGGGCAGACGCCACAACCGACCGACUCAAGACCAAGGAGGUCGGGCCGCAGCAGCACAGGCAACAGAGGGCAGAAGGGGGGAGGGGGAACACCCCUCAAAGAUGGGGGUGCGCGGGUCACCACGAGAGGCCCCUACAGCGACUAUGCUCUUCUCGGCCGCUAGGAGGGACUUCUCGAGGAGGUCAACAGUGAGAGUGGUAGGGAGGUGGCGACGCACAGCAAGACGUGCAGCAGCGUCGCGCGUGGCCCACUGGGAGCGAACAGUGGCGUCAGCAUCAGCAGCAGGGGCAGUGGAGGCGCCAGAGUGCAGUGGAAAGGCGCUGUGCUCACCAGACAGGGCAGGUCGGGCGGCCCGGAAGGAGGGCGGCGCGGCAGCUCGGCGGCUCAGCUGCUGGGCGGCUCGGCUGCUGGGCGGCUCGGCUGCUGGGCGGCUCGGCUGCUGGGCGGCUCGGCUGCAGGGCGGCUCGGCUGCAGGGCGGCUCGGCUGCUGGGCGGCUCGGCUGCUCUGCUGUCGGGCGGCUCGGCUGGUGGGCGGCCGGACGGCUCGGCUGCAGCGCGGCUCGGCGGCGGGGCGGCUCGGCUGCUCUGCUGCUGGGCGGCUCGGCCGCUGUAGAGGAGUGGCAGCGGGGCCGCUUGAUAGGGCGGCAGGGGCCGCCGCAGAGAAGCGGCGGGGCCGCUGGGUAGGGCGGCGGGGCCGCGAGAUAGGGCAGCGGGGCCGCGUGGUAGAGUGGCGGGGCCGCGCGAUGGGGCAGCGGGGCCGCGAGGAAGGGCGGCGGGGCCGCUAG